AUGUCUUCUUCUACCGCAACUUCUGCGCUCGCGCACAUUAUCGAUCACAAGAUGACCGACAUUGUCAACACUCAGAACAUCAACAAUAACAACAACUACAUUCACCAAACUAGCCCUUCGAACGACAACAUGACCAGUAUUACCGAUUCUGCCGACGUCGACAUGACCUUCAACGUGGUCAUGGCCAUGAUUCUCAUCUCCUCUGUGACUGGCAACACUUUGCUGGCUAUUAUGAGCACCAUUUUCAUCAUCGUCAUCCUAAAGAUCACCCCGCCCGAGGUCAUCGACACCGAGACCAUCCUCACUCAGCAGGCCGCUACUACUGAUGUCACCAUUCCCACGGCUCACAUCACCAACUUGCAGACUUCCACCGACGAUGAGCUUUCCACUCUCAUUGUUCCUGUCGACGAGACGGUCCGGGUCUACCACCACGCUCGUCCCACUUCCUACAUCGCCGAAAUCAUCACUCCUGCCACGACCUCCGUCGAGGACAUCAAGUCGACAAACCACGGCAACGACUACUUCGGUGGUCUCGCCUCCGACAUCUUCAAUUUCAAGAGCUUCCACGAAUAUCUCGAGGAAGACCAGAUGUGGCUCGCCCACAUGCCUCAUCCGAACCCGGCUAUCACUUCAGCGCCCGAGGCUACUGCGAUUGUUCAGACGACAAAGAUCGCCAAAGCGGCCCGUCCCGCAUCCAAGACCAUCCCUACCUCGCUCAAGUUCAGACUCAGCACGAUCUACGAGGAGGACGAGGAAGAGAUCGAGGAAGACGAGGAAGACAUCGAGUUCCCUCGCUCUUCCUCCGACGAAGCGGACGACAAUCACAACAGCCUCGCUGACUUCGAGGACUUCUCGGAUUCGGAAGAGGAGAUCAUCGCCUUCGCCAAGAAGGUUAACCGACUUUGCGACGAGCUCGACAAGGUCGAGCGCUUCUCUGAACCAGUGGAGCACAUCAUCGCUCUGGGCCAAGAUAUCGAGGCCACAUUCAAGCAAUGGGACGAGGAAGACCUUGAGAUGUUCUCCGACAGCGAGGAGGAUACCAUCUCCUUGGCCAAGCAGAUUGAGGUUGAUACUCGACCCAGCCCGCCCGACUCUCCCGUCCGCGCCGCCAAGAAAUCACCACGAUUCACGGCAUCCGGCUUUUUGAUUGAGACUCCGGAAAACUCUCCGCAUGCUCACAGUCCGAUUGGCCCUCCCCUCCGGAGCCCAGAGGGCAGGUUUCUGCAGACUCCGAACGGCAUUCAAGUCCGCAAAAACAUCUUCGCUUCCCCUAUUGGAGAAUCUUUCCAACACACUCGCAAGGUCUCAAAUGAGACCAACACUUCGGAGGACACCAACGGCAGCAAGACAACCACCACAGCGCCCGAAUCUCCUACGACAGUUUACUCGAGCCCGGACAAUGUCCAAGAGUACCAGGCCAUGGCUGGUUUCACCGUCGCCCUUUCCGCCAAAAAGGCCACGGCUAUCAGUUUUCAUCCCAUCGCCCAACCCGGCGAUGAUAUCCAAUACGACAGAAGAUUCCUCAAGGAUGAAACGCCGUCACCAUCGCCCACACGCUACCAAAGCCCGGCUAGCGACAGGUCAACGCCUUCAACCAAGUCGGAGGACAUGAGCACCCCUUACGACUUCACCCACCAUUCCGACGACUCGGAGAUCCUUGCCAUUCUGAAGCGUCCCGGCGGAGCCACCUACGCCAAGAUGAGCUGCGGCAACUGGUUCUUUCUGAACGACGACGGCACACUUGAUGAACUUAGCUGGCGGGAGUACGAGGAACUCAUUGAUUUCAUCGUCGGUGACAUUGCUUCUCUCCCGCAGAAGCUCCACCAUGAGUCCAUAGGGCAUGUGGUUCAGAGUCAAGAAGAAGAACUACCACUCCCAUGGGUCCCAUGGGACGAUGAGCCGGAGAUCUUGCCUGAGGUCAACGUGGAGGAGGAGCUCCCGCUGCCGUGGGUCCCCUGGGAUGAACCCGAGACUGUGAGCUCAGAGGCCGAGCCUAAACUGGAGGGUCAACACGACAAAAGCACCUCGGAGACCAUAAACAACAUCACUGAGCCCGUGGACGAGAAAAUCACCGCGAACGUUGCCGAGGACAUUAUCAAUUCGGACCAACCAGAUGAGAAGUGGUAUAAGGCGGAAGAAAUGCCGCCCAGAUGGUUUGUAAUGGAGCACAUUCGGUGCCCAGGCGAUGAAAUUUCAUACUACGCCGAAUACGUUCGGGGCAGCGAUGACCGCUGGUACUUCCGCCUGGACGGGCCGGAAUACAGGCCCCUGGACGCACGCGAGCUCCGGUGGUUUCUCAAUUGGCGGGCCAGCACUCGCCCAUUGACCUACAUUGUCGAGCUCGAGGAAGAGGAGUGCUUCUGA